AAAAUCAGUUGUAAAACCAGAGGCAAGAACGGCAGAAGAGAAACCGUGAAAGAGAGAAGAAGAUGAAGAAAGACAAAGGAGUUGCAUUUGAAUCGGCGAGUCCAAACGGUAGUGAAGGAUCCGAAGAUAAACCCGAAGAUGCUAAUCUUCGUCCCUUCCGAUUCGCCGCACGCAACGCUUCUUCCAAAUACGAUUUCGUCAAGGUUAAAGUUUGGCUUGGUGAUAAUGCUGAUCAUUACUAUGUUUUAUCGAGAUUUCUGCUCAGCAGAAUGUUAACAGUUACAAAGAUUCCUAAUCAUGUAGCUAUCAAGAUUGCGCUGGAACUUAAAAAGUUGCUCAUCGACAACAGUCUGCUUGACGUCUCUCAGAAUGACCUGGAGGCUAAUUUGUUCAAGCUUAUGGAACGUAGGGGCUAUGGUGAAGAGUACAUCAACCGUUAUAAGAUGAUGACCAGGUUUCACCAUCAGCGGGUGCCUUUGGUAAUUCUUGUUUGUGGAACUGCUUGUACUGGGAAGUCCACCAUUGCUACACAACUUGCACAAAGACUAAAUUUGCCAAACGUCUUGCAGACUGAUAUGGUCUACGAACUACUUCGCACGUCAACAGAUGCUCCGUUGACAUCUACUCCUGUAUGGGCAAGGGAAUUUGAUUCUUCUGAGGAGUUCAUUACGGAGUUUUGCAGAGAAUGCAGGAUAGUUCGCAAAGGUUUGGCUGGUGAUCUCAAGAAAGCAAUGAAAGAUGGAAAACCUAUUAUAAUUGAGGGAAUACAUUUAGAUCCUAGCAUUUAUUUAAUGGAUGAUGAUAAUAAAUUGUCCAUGAAAACACAACCAAAAGUUGAAGACACAAAGGUUGCAUCUGAUCCAUCAGUAGAUAAUUCUACCUGCCAAAUACAAAAUCAACCUGCUGAUGAGGGCAAAUUUGAUUCUGGUAGUAGAGGCAUCUGUGGUGAGAAUACAAGCUCCAAGGAACUUGUAUCUAGCGACCAGGCGCAUGAAGUUCUAAGCUCUCUUGCUUCUGUCAAUAUUAAAGAUAGAGUCUCUGAUGAUAAAGUUGAGAAUCUUAAUGAAACGAAGAUGGAUGAAAACCCUCAAAGAAAGAAAGAGAGGUCUGGAGCUGAACCAAUCAUUGUACCUAUUGUUCUUAAAAUGGCUGAAUUUGAUCAUGAGGCAUUACUCGAGGAAUGGAUUCCAACUCGUACAUUCAGUGAUAACAGCGUCGUGAAGGAUAAAGAAAAGCUAAUGAAGAAUCUGAAGAUCAUUCAAGACUACCUUUGCUCAUUUGAGUCUCAGGGUCUAACUGUUGUGAAUAUAUCUGCAACAACAUUCCCCCAAACAUUGGAUUGGCUGCACAGCCAUCUUCUUCAGUGUAUUGAACAAGGUACAUCUUCUGUGUCUACCCCCAAGCAACAAAGCAAGAGCUAGAAUGGGUGCACUUGUCAACAGUGGUACCUGGUGAUUUUACAUUAUGGUCUUGACCCACCAUUAAUAAUCAUGGUUACCGAUUGAAGUAGAAUUAUCGAGGAUGAUUUGAACAUCAAACCACGGGUGGUUCAUGGAUGUUGUAUACUUUCUUGAUGUAUUAAUCUUUUAUCCAUAAGAAUACCCAAAAGGAAGUAAGGGUCUCCUAGAUGUAUCAAAACAAUUGAAAAUUUUCCAAACGUUGUGUAAAUUAUCUCCAGAAUUUCCUCAAUAAGAUGUUAAUUCAUGUUGUAAAAUGUAACACAUGCUCAAACUUUCAUGAUCAGGAUAUGUUAAUAUUGUCCCGACUAUUCACACGGGUUUUUGUCCCGUUUUUGGGGAUUUUUCAGAUAUGGCUUA